AUGGCAAACGAGAACGGCACUACUAUUCCCCAGGACGCCGAAGUCCAGAACACUGAGUUCGGCGAUUCCAAGGGCAAAGGCAAGGCUGUUGCCACCGAGGACCGCCAUGCGCAGGACACUGCCAUGAACGAGGACGAUGAUGACGAGGAUGAGGACGAGGAAGGUGACGAGGAUGCUGAAGGUGCCGAAGAGGAAGAAGAGGACGGCCUGGAGGAGAUUGACCUCGACAACGUCGUCGGCCGCCGGACGCGUGGCAAGGUUAUCGAUUUCGCCAAAGCUGCCGAAGAGCUCCCCGCCGAGAAUGACGAGGACGAGGAAGACGAUGAUGACUUUGAGGGUGACGAGGGCGGAGACAGGAUGGACGAGGACUAA